CUUCGCGGUGUGAUGUAAAAAAAUUCACCCAUCACUCAAAAGCCGACUGAUAUAAUGCGACGUUGUUAAAGUUUUGUGAUCUAAAACUAUAAAAUUUUCACUUCAAUUGGCUUGAUUGAACCCUUGAUUGUAAGUUUCUUCAAACACGUUUGGUUUGUCUACGUUUUAGUAGAAAACAGGAGCAAUGUCGAACGCCCCAGCGGCAGCACCGGCCGUCCAGCAGCAAGCCGAGCUGGAGUGGAUCCAGAUGCGCAAGGACUACACGGACAUCCACGCGGAAACGACCCGCGAAAAGAUGGAACGCAAGGUGAAGGAGAACCCGCUGGUUCCGAUUGGAUGCGCUGCGACCAUAAGCUGUCUUGGGUACGGGUUGUGGAGCUUCCGGAAGGGCCGCCGACAGAUGUCCCAGUAUAUGAUGAGGGCUCGAAUCUUUGCGCAGGGUUUUACCGUGGUGGCGCUCAUUGUGGGUGUCGGAAUGACUUAUGCCAAGAAGGACGAGGGGAAGAAGUGAUGGAUGACUUGGCGGUUUUUGGUCCGGUUCGAAUGUGUUUGUUUUAGCGGGUUUUUGCGAAGGAAAUUAGCAAGACCAAUAUAAUUGAUGUUAUCUAACUGUAAAGACAGGGAUUU